GCAGCUCCUUCUUUGUUCUGUAACUCCUCUCUGAAGCCAGUCAGAUGUUUAGUAUCCAGAAGAAAGAGCUAUAGCCCUCCAUCAAGCAACCUGAGUUCUGGACUCAACCUGAAGCUGGCAUGAAUGGCCUGGAAUCACCUUCAGCAGCACCUUCUCCCUACGCCAACCUCACAAAUCAUCUUGAAUGCUGCUUUCUCUGGAAAAUAUAUCAGGCUAUGUUUUCCACCAAUCGUGGGACAGUUGGAGGUUUUUUCCUGGCAGGCCGAAGUAUGGUGUGGUGGCCGGUUGGAGCCUCUCUCUUUGCCAGUAACAUUGGAAGUGACCACUUUGUGGGGCUAGCUGGGACUGGAGCAGCUUCAGGGAUUGCCACUGGGGCUUUUGAAUGGAAUGCCCUGUUUUUAGUGGUUGUGCUGGGCUGGGUGUUUGUUCCCAUUUAUAUUAAAGCUGGGGUGGUGACAAUGCCAGAGUACCUGCGGAAGAGGUUUGGAGGCAAGCGGAUCCAGAUUUACCUUUCUGUUCUGUCCUUGCUGCUCUAUAUAUUUACUAAGAUCUCAGCAUCCAUCUUUGCUGGAGCCAUAUUCAUCAAUCUGGCUUUGGGCCUGGAUAUAUACCUGGCCAUCUUUCUCUUAUUAGCAAUCACUGGGCUUUACACAAUCACAGGGGGCCUGGCAGCUGUGAUCUACACGGACACCUUGCAGACAGCAAUUAUGCUGGUGGGGUCUUUUAUCCUGACUGGGUUUGCUUUCAGUGAAGUGGGAGGGUAUGAAGCCUUCAUGGAAAAGUAUAUGAAAGCCAUUCCAACCUUAAUUUCUGAUGGAAACACCACCAUCAAGGAAGAAUGCUACACCCCAAGGGAAGACUCCUUCCACAUCUUCCGAGAUCCCCUGAAGGGAGACCUCCCAUGGCCUGGGCUCAUCUUUGGGCUGGCCAUCCUCGCCUUGUGGUACUGGUGCACAGAUCAGGUGAUUGUGCAGCGCUGCCUCUCAGCCAAGAAUAUGUCUCAUGUGAAGGCUGGUUGUACCCUGUGUGGGUACAUGAAGCUGCUGCCCAUGUUCCUCAUGGUGAUGCCAGGGAUGAUCAGCCGCAUUCUCUACACAGAAAAAAUUGCCUGUGUCCUUCCCUCAGAAUGUAAAAAGUUUGGCACCCCAGUUGGCUGCACUAACAUCGCUUACCCAACCUUGGUAGUGGAGCUCAUGCCUGAUGGAUUGCGAGGCCUGAUGCUGUCGGUUAUGAUGGCUUCUCUCAUGAGCUCCCUAACUUCCAUCUUCAACAGUGCCAGCACCCUCUUCACCAUGGACAUCUACACGAAGAUCCGGAAGCAAGCAUCUGAGAAAGAGCUCAUGAUUGCAGGAAGGUUGUUCAUUCUCUUUCUGAUUGCCAUCAGCAUUGCCUGGGUGCCCAUUGUGCAGUCAGCGCAAAGUGGGCAGCUCUUCGAUUAUAUCCAGUCCAUUACCAGUUACUUGGGACCACCCAUUGCAGCUGUCUUCCUGCUUGCUGUUUUCUGGAAGAGAAUCACUGAACCUGGAGCCUUUUGGGGACUCAUCCUAGGAUUUCUGAUUGGGAUUUCCCGUAUGAUUACUGAGUUUGCCUAUGGAACUGGGAGCUGCGUGGAGCCCAGCAACUGUCCCACCAUUAUCUGUGGGGUCCACUACUUAUAUUUUGCCAUUCUCCUCUUUUUCAUUUCUAUCAUCACCAUCGUGGUCAUCUCCCUCUUCACUAAGCCCAUUCCAGAUGUGCAUCUCUAUCGUCUCUGUUGGAGUCUGCGCAACAGCACAGAGGAACGUAUUGACUUGGAUGCAGAAGAGGAGGACCUCCAAGAAACACAGAAGGAUACCAUUGAAAUAGAAGUUCCAGAGGAGAGAAAAGGGUGCUUCAGGUGGGCCUAUGACCUGUUCUGUGGGCUGGACCAGGGACCUAAGAUGACCAAGGAAGAAGAGGCAGCUAUGAAGAUGAAGCUGACAGACACCUCUGAGAAGCCUUUGUGGAGGACAGUAGUGAACAUCAACGGCAUCAUCCUGCUAGCUGUAGCUGUCUUUUGCCAUGCAUACUUUGCCUGAGUCCUAUCUUCUGCUGUAGACUCACCACGGCUGCAAUCUUUACCUCCAUUCAGUCUCAUUCUGUGGCAUUGAAGGGAAACCAGAUAGUUGUAAAAUUUGCCCGGUUGGAUAAACAUGUAUAUGUGUAAUUAAUUAUAGGAUAGCUGAAGGAAAAAUCAUUAUUUUGCCAUUAACUUAUAUAUUGAAGCCAAUGUAAUACUUUCACCUGUACAUAUUAGGUGAAAGGAAAGAAGGAAAGUUGGUUCAGUCAUAUUCAUAAAAAUCAGACCAAGAAACAGAAGUCCUAUGGUGUCUGAUGCAAGUCUGUCUCAAGUAGAAUCAGUUUGUCCACAUUGUUUGUGAUCAAUUAAUACUAUUUUUAGAGUUUUAAUGUCUCUAUUCCAACCAUAUCUGAACUCCUCAUCUUUUUUUUUAAAAAAAGAAAACAUUGCUCAUCAUAUCCUUCUCAAGUUUUUCCUACUAUAAGAAAUAUUAAUCUGAAACACCGAUGAACACACAAAAGCUGGGAAUGGAAAUUUGAUGGAGUCUUGUCCUGGGUAUUUGCUCUGUGAAGCAAAAGCCUUAGAAAAGUAGUAUUAGCCCACUAGGGAGGGCCAAGGUUCAAAUCAUUUAGAAAAUAGAUAAUCUUGAGUCCCUGGAAUUUUCUUGUCUUCUUGAAGAUUCCCAUUGUGUGUUCCUCAUGUUUGGUAUUUCAUUCAUUUUGACAUUCAAUGUUCCUAGAAUGUCUUAGCCACUCAAUAAAUUUUUGGACUAAAUGAAUGACAGCAGCCUUUAUUUACAGACACUUUGUCUAGUUCUUGGUUAACCAUAGGUUUUGGUUCUCAUAGGUUGAAUUGUGUGAAGUUUGGCUCUGAAAUAAAUAUAUUAAAUAGGGCAAAGUGGCAUCUCUCAAAGUGUUGCUGAUAUUGGAACCAUCAGAGUCACACAUUGACUUAUUUUAUCAGUACAUAGAUAUCUGCUCAAUCCAGGGCACUUAAGAGAAAGAAGCUCAUAAAGUUGUCCUUGGCUUAAAAGAAACUGUCCCAUUAGUUGGGU